UCAUUUUACUUUGAUUAACGUCGUCCAAGAUUCCGUUGUACCUCCUACGCUCGUGCUUAUUGUUUCCAAUUUUCGCCAAGUCAAUUUCCGCUAUCGAAUCCUUACAAUGUUAGAAGCGAAGCGGUCCCACAUCGGAAGCGAAAUGCCGCGGUUUUUGCUUCGUAUUCGUAUCGUCACCGCAUCGUCGCAUCCUUCAAACGCUGAGACCAGCUCUAGGUAAUAGCACCGAAGCGAAGCUAUGGAUACACUUUAUUUCCAUUCUUUGUAUUAAAAUAGGCUGAGGUUUCACUACGUUGAUCAAUUCCGCACUCUUUAACUCUAAAAACAAAGGGCCAAAAUUUUGGGAUGGAAGCUACGUCAAACCAAAUACUCCUCACCACGCUCGCGACAGCUGUUGCGCUAGGCGUAGCAUGGGUGUGGAAGCUGAACACGGCGCUCAAGCAGACGCCGCCGGAAGUGCUGGCAGAAUCACCGCACCGAUGGACUGAAAAGGAGAUCAAGGAAACUUACAAGCGCAUCGAAGCUAACCCCAUAAACUGGGCAAAGCACCUACCACCAAAACUAGACCGGCGUUACAUCGUCACCGGCGGAAGUGGUGGCGUAGGCGGGACAAUCGUACUGCAUUUACUCGCGCGAGGGCAAUCCCCUGAAAGCAUCCGAAUCGUAGACUUUCGCAAACCGGAGCGUCCGGACAUGACCUUCGGCCCAGCAUCACUAGUUGAUUUUGCGCAAACGGACAUCUCAUCAGCAGAAGCGACAUUCGCCGCAUUUUCCAAACCAUGGCCCGCUAGCGUCAAGGACUUGCCUCUUACCGUCUUCCACACUGCAGCCAUAAUUGUACCUUCUGAACGGUCAAUGAUCAGCUACGAGCGCGUAAAGCGCGUGAACAUCGACGGCGUGCGCCACGUUCUGUCCGCAUCGGAAAAAGCAGGCGCUUCGGUCUUCGUCUCCACGUCCUCGGCCUCCGUAGCAUACAAGCCCGUGCAGUACUGGGGCAACCCCUUCCGGCAAUACCCCAAGCACUUCUGGCAAUACAUCGACGACUCUGACUUCGACCUGCCCUUACGCCCACACGCAGAGUUCUUCGGCAACUACGCACACGCAAAAGGUGUCUCCGAACGCCUCAUCUCCGAAGCCAACAAAGACAGCUUCCGCACCGGCAUCAUCCGCCCCGCGAACGGGAUCUACGGCAGCAGUUAUGGCGACCAGGUCGUCGGCAUGUGUCUGCGCGCCGGGACCGUACCCAGCUGGAUGUGCAACGUCGUGCAGAACUUCGUCACGGCGGGCCAUGUUUCGCUCGGACACCUGCUUUUCGAAGUCGCGCUUAUCCAAGGCAAAGAUGGCAAGGGGAAAAUGCCUGGGUGUGCGGGUCGCCCGUUUACGGUUACGGAUGGUGGCGCGCCGCCGCUUUUUGAGGAUUUUUAUAGGCUGCUGAAGACGACGGCGGUGACGCCGAAGAUUGAGAUCGUGUACCUCCAGCCGGCGGUUAUGUUGUGCCUUGCGCAUGUGGUUGAGUUGAUUGAUCUGGCGAGCCGGUUGCCGGUGCUGGGGUGGGUGGUGCCCCGGCCGAAGGGGGAUUUGGCGUUCUUGCAGCCGGCGGUGUUUAGUGCGAGUACGCAUUUUCUGGCGACGGAUGCGGGGGCGCGGAGGAGUGUGCGGGAGGGCGGGAUUAGGUAUGCGCCGGUGCAUGAUACGAUGGAGGGGUUAUGUCAGCAGGUUUUGGAUUGGAAUGUUGAGCAUAAAGGUUCGGGAUAGAUUUGGGAAGAGUAGGUCUUUGUGAGAUGUGUAUAUAGGUACAUACUUUGGAUGUACCCGAGGCUAGAAAUAUAUAUACUUAUAGGUAUAAGAGCAGCAUGAUUUCUGCCUAUAGAGUUCAAAAAAACCUC